AUGGCCAAGGAGAAGCAACCGCUGAUGGAGGAACUAGAACUAGGAACAACAAAGCUAAGUGAAUUUAAUGUACCACGAGAUCUGAUCAUGGAAUUUAAUGUAACCAAGGAGAAUGAAACCGGAUCUAGUCACAUGGGUAGAUGGAGCGAAGGACUUCGUGAUCCAAGUGCUCCUAAUCACGUAACAACUCAGAUAGCUAAGGUUUCGGUUAUGACUAAACCGGACUCUCGUUCUGAGCCUGACAUUUCCGGUUUAUGGCCUUCUUGGGUCAACAAAGAGUAUUGUUGCAUUUAUAGAGUGCCGAACCGGUUACGGAGAGUAAACCCUGAAGCUUACACUCCUCAAAUGCUUCUAAUCGGUCCUCUUCACCAUUUUAAGAAAGCUCAAGCCCUUGAGCUCUCCAAAACCGAUUUUAGAUAUUUGGACUACAUGAACAUGGAGCUUAUAAAGAAGAAAUACCUUAACGCUGUUGCAAAUUUAUAUGGGGAUCAAACUGUCGAAACGUUCAGGGAAAUCAUCCAAAGAUAUGAGCAAACCAUAAGAGAAAGCUAUGCCGAAUCAACGGAUUGGAUCAAAUCCCAAGAGUUCGUGGAAAUGAUCCUCCACGACUCGGUUUUCAUACUAGUGUUCUUCCUUCAAACCGGAACUCAAAACUUCAACAAGAAAGGAGAUAUUCUUUUCGAGGAGCCCUGUCUCACAGCCACUAUUCUAGAAGACCUAAUCUUGCUCGAGAACCAGCUUCCUUAUGCUAUUUUAGAGGAGCUAUUCGAACCUUUUCUCUUCUAUAUUAAAAUUGAGAAAACGUUUCGUGACAUUGUCCUUGGAGUUUUUAGGUUUGAAAGAAAGAUUGAAAAAGAAGUGAAAUUCCGACAUUUUACAGACUUGUUUCGACGUGUUCGUGUCGAAACACUUGGUUUGAAGAAAGAUCAUAUGACUAGUAGAGCUGCGCAACCGAAGAGCAUAAAGAAUCUACACAACGCAGACGAACUAGACAGUGCAGGAGUGGGUUUUGAGAAUGUGGAUAAAGAAAAUGAAUUUUCUUUGGUGAUCAAUUUCGAACGCAGAAUCUUGAAAAUGCCUUGUUUCAUAGCGGAAGACAACACCGAGAUGGUUUUGAGGAAUUUAAUGGCACUCGAGCAAUGUCAUUACCCUUUCUCAGCUUUUGUUUGUAACUACAUCGCCUUCUUGGAUUUCCUCAUCGACACCGAGCAAAACGUUGACUUGCUCGUCAAGAAAGAAGUUAUAAAGAACUGGUUGGGACAUCAAAGAUCGGUGGCGGAAAUGGUGAAUAAGUUGUGUUUAGGGCUCGUUGAUUUUGGAUCUUACUAUUACAGUAUAGCUGAAGAACUAAACGAUCAUUACAACAGCCGUCUCAACAGAUCUAUCGCCACACUCCGACGAGUCUACUUCAAAGAUCUUUGGACCGGAACAGCCACUAUAACCGCUGUUUUUCUCUUGGUGUUGACUUUGAUUGGGACUGUUGCUUCCGUUCUCCAAGCGAAAAAUGACGACAAUAAAUCUCCACCUCCGGCUCCGCCCCGAGGACCGUAG